AUGGGCGACAGUGAGCCACCACCACGUAUUGAGGGAAAAUAUACUGCAAUAGUGGUUUGUUGGCUUCUUGGAAAUGGGUGUCUUUUCUCUUGGAACAGUAUGUUAACAAUUGAAGAUUACUAUGUUUAUCUAUUUCCGUCUUUCCUCUUUGUGCAGAAAUAUCAUCCCUCUAGGGUGCUUACUCUUGUAUAUCAGCCAUUUGCAGUUGGAACACUAGCAAUUCUUACUUACUAUGAGGCAAAAAUCAAUACAAGAAAGCGGAUUCUAUUUGGAUACACACUAUUUUUCUUGGCCGUUUUGGCUGUUUUAAUUUUGGAUUUAGCAACAUCGGGUAAAGGAGGGAUUGGAACAUUCAUUGGUAUAUGCAUAGUUAGUGGUGCAUUUGGAUUAGCAGAUGCUCAUGCACAAGGAGGAAUGAUUGGAGACCUGUCAUACAUGAAUCCAGAAUUUAUUCAGUCUUUCCUUGGCGGUGCUGCAGCAUCAGGUGCUCUAACAUCGGCUUUGAGGUUAAUUACAAAAGCAAUAUUUGAAAAUUCUAAAGACGGUCUUCGCAAAGGAGCGAUUCUUUUCUUUUCCUUAUCAACCUUGUUUGAGCUUCUUUGUGUUGUUCUCUAUGCAUUUGUGUUUCCUAAAUUACCAAUUGUGAAGUACUAUCGUUCAAAAGCAGCAUCCGAAGGGUCCAAAACUGUUUCAGCUGACCUUGCUGCAGCUGGAAUCCAGACCGAACUUCGAGAAGCCACUGAAGAAUUAAAACAAUUUGAGCGCAAAGGAAUGAAGCAAUUGUUAUCGGAAAACAAAGAUUAUGCACUUGAUUUGUUUCUAAUAUUUGCGCUGACAUUGUCUAUAUUCCCUGGAUUCUUAUCAGAAGAUACCGGAAAACACAGCUUAGGCACCUGGUACGCUCUUGUUUUAAUUGCUAUGUAUAAUGUAUGGGAUCUUAUCGGAAGAUACAUUCCACUGAUCAAAAUCUUGAAGUUGGAGUCUAGAAAGUUGAUCACUACAGCAGUUAUUUCUCGAGUUUUACUUGUACCGGCAUUUUAUUUCACUGCAAAGUAUGGUACUCAAGGUUGGAUGAUAAUGUUGACAUCUUUCUUGGGGAUAUCCAAUGGCUACCUCGCUGUCUGUGUUCUCACUUCGGCACCUAAAGGCUACAAGGGACCUGAACAAAAUGCGUUGGGAAAUAUCUUGGUGUUGUUUCUUCUAGGAGGUAUUUUUGCAGGGGUAACACUUGAUUGGUUAUGGUUAAUAGGUAAAGGAUGGUGAGACAGAGGCCUUGUUCA